CAGGAAAAAUAGACUUGGGCCUCACAACACUCGAGCGAAUGUAAUCCGAUAUAAAUUUGCUCAUCCUUUCUGAUCCAAACCACAGUAUCCCUCUCUGAUUUCUCAUCUCUUUCUUCCUCCUUUGGAUCCAAUAAAAAGGCAUUGAAAUAGAGAUGGGUAUAAUAAGGACUGCCUUCUCUCUCAUGGCUGGGACGCUUUUCGGGGUUUAUCUCGCUCAGAACUAUAACGUUCCAAACAUCGGAAAGCUCGCAAACACCGGCUUUGUUAUAGCCAAGCACAUUGAAGAAAACUACCGCAAACCUUCCGCUAGCACCAAGAUGGACGACGACGGCGGCGUUUCCGAAUAGUUUAUCAUCAUGUUAUCAGAAUCAGACCAAUAGAAAAAGAAAUGGAAACUGUAAUUCUUGGUAAAAGAUUGUUUCAUUUUUCUUUUUUUUCCUAAAUGUAAUUUUUAACCAUCACAGGUUUAUUGCAGUACGAUAAUAGAUAUCCCUUCGAUGAUGUUUGAAGUUUUACCA